AUGAUUGUACGAAUAGAGAAUGGAAUGUCAAGUUUAUAUGAGUUGUCGUGCUUGUGGAAAUCGGUUGUCCAUUUUGAGGAAUUUUAUUCAUAUUGGAAAUUUAACCCUUCUCCUUCUUCCCCCUCUCCGUUUCCAUCCACUCCUUUCUCUCACGCCACUCUGUGUUCAAGAGCACUAAAAGAUGAUGCUCACAAGGCCAAAUUGUUCCUCAGGGGCUUAGCUAAUCCUCCUCUUACAAAGACGGACUCAAAACAAGCUGCACACACACUUGACAUGGUUAUUAUAGAGCGGAUCUUAUUCAAAAGAGCUCAUACUGCAGAGUUUCAGGUCGUGACAUGGAUCUCCUUGAAUUGUCGGCCUAUGGCAAUGUUCGCCGAGGACCAGACUCUGGCGGAUGUAAUAUUCAGUGAUUGUCUGGAGGAU